UGGAAGCUGUUGAACCUACAUCUUAAGCCUACCUCCUCACUGACAGAACCAUGAAGGUCUCCAGAGGUAUUCUGAUCCUUGCUGUCAUUGCUGCAGCUCUCUGCUGUCAAAUUUGUGCCUCACCUGAUGGCCCUGACUCGCCAAUCUGCUGCUUCAGUUUCACCAGUAAAAGGAUCCCUCCAAAACUGGUGGUGAACUAUAGUGCCACUAGCAACAGAUGUGCCAAGGAAGCUGUGAUCUUUAUCACAAAACAAGGCUUCAAUAUCUGUGCUAAUCCAAAGGAGCAGUGGGUCCAACAUAUUAUGAAGCUAUUUGACAGCAAAAAAGCAAAGACCCAGCGUCCAUGAAGACUACUGCUACUUCCUCUUGCCAUUGCCUGCUGGAGACCCAAACAGGAUAGAAGAAUAAUUUAUUUCCCUCCUACUUCCUACAACACUCUGUGUAACAUUUUUUUAUAAUUUAAAUAUUUUGUCUUAUUUAAAUUAUUGUUGUUUGACUUUAUAUGUCACAAGAAUUUGUUCCUUACUCAUCAUUAAUAUUAUUUUUGUAAUCUAUUCUUGGACCAGCAAUUUACCUCUGUACCUUAAUUUCUUAUCUGUAAAAUGCAUGAGGUUCCAGUCUUUUGCUCCCUCUUCAUAAAGCGUUUGUGAAAAUUGUAUUGAAAAUCCAUGUGAAAGGUGUUUAAGCCUUUUACAGGGAAGUUACACCCUUAUCCUAAGGUACUGAUAAUGAAUGUUAUUGUGGAAAAUAAUACUACACUACAACUAUUGAAUUUCCAUGGACAAAUAUAUUUUGUUUAUAAAA